AUGCAGUUUUUCCUCAUUGCAACGGGUCUAAGCUUCGCGUAUUAUGCGCUCCCUGGUUAUCUUUUCGCGGUCUUAACAUUCUUCUCAUUGGUUUGCUACGUGUGGCCGAAUAAUGUAACAGCACAUCAAGUUGGAUCAGGUUACCAAGGACUUGGAGUCGGCGCCUUCACGUUUGAUUGGGCUGGAAUUUCUGCUUAUCAUGGCAGCCCUCUUGUUGCACCGUGGACUUCCAUUGUUAAUAUGGGAGUUGGAUUUGUCAUGUUCGUCUAUAUAAUUCUACUUAUAUGUUACUGGAAGUUUAACACUUUUGAUGCUAGGAAGUUUCCUAUAUUUUCUAAUCAGUUGUUCACUCACAGUGGACAAAAGUAUGACACUACUAAGAUCUUAACCAAGGAAUAUAAUCUUAACAUUGAUGCAUACAACAAAUAUAGCAAGUUAUACCUUAGUUCUCUCUUCACAUUAUCUAUUGGAUCAGUUUUCGCAAGGUUUACGGCAACCCUUACUCAUGUAGCGUUGUUUAAGGGCAGUAACAUAUUGAGACAAAGCCGAACAGCAAUGAGUAAUGUAAAACUGGAUGUGCAUGGUAGACUCAUGAAGGCUUAUAAGACAGUACCAGAAUGGUGGUUCCUCAUUGUAUUAUUUGGGAGCAUGGCAUUAUCCAUAAUAAUGUCUUUAGUGUGGAAAGUGGAUGUUCAACUUCCAUGCUGGGGUAUGCUCUUAGCUUUUGCCUUAGCAUCUGUUGUAACCCUCCCAAUUGGUGUCAUCCAAGCUAACUACCAACCAGGUAUUUCAUCCAUCUCUAGUAUACAACUUGGAUAUGACAUGAUAGCACACUUCAUGAUUGGGUAUAUCCCUCCUGGAACACCAAUUGCAAAUUUGAUCUUCAAGAUUUAUGGUAGAAUCACCACCGCCCAUGCACUCUCUUUCUUGUCAGAUAGCAAACUAGGGCACUACAUGAAAAUUCCUCCCCGAUGCAUGUUUAUAGCACAGUUGGUGGGAACUCUAGUUGCUGGAGUCCAAUGUUGGAUAGCAUUAAGGACAUUUGCAUGGACGAUGAAGCUCACCUUCCUGUUUGUGUUCCGCUCCUACAAACGUUGGUGGCAGAAAUACAAUUAUGUUUUAUCAGUGACGCUUGACACAGGCACGGCUCUUAUGGCUGUUUUGAUUUUCUUUGCUCUGCAAAAUGCCGGCCACAGUUUCAAAUGGUGGGGAACUAAAAUAGACUAUUGCCCAUUGGCUUCUUGCCCUACUGCACCAGGAAUUAUAGUUGAUCGUUGUCCUGUAUUCUAA